UCGCGAUCAGGUCAAAACGUCUAUCUCUUUUCUCUUCUUCAUAAAUAUAAAAAAUACGUGAACAUUACAUGUGUACAUAAGAAGUUUCAUUUAUCAUGAUGAUGCCACGUAUUGUGGGCUUGCUUAUGUUUAGUUCCUUGUAUUUUUAUUGUUAUGGCUGGUAUGCAGAUGAGUCUUAUUUAGAGGAAUUCUCUAGGGAACACUGCGAUAAACCUGAGUGGUUUCAAUGUGAUAGUGGCCAGUGCGUAGCAUUUAUAUAUCAAUGCGAUGGAGAUAGAGAUUGUUGGGAUGGAUCAGAUGAAAAAAACUGUAACAAAAAUUUUACUAUUUCAUAUCCUCACUACAUAAUAUGCGCCACAAAUGAAUUUAAAUGCAAAAAUAAAGAUUGUAUACCGGAAGGGAAGUUCUGUGAUACAGUAAAGGAUUGCAGUGAUGGAAGCGACGAGUAUGAUGGUUGCGUAAAUGAGUUAAAAUGCGAUGACAAAUUUCGAUGUCAAGAUAAACAUUGUAUAAGGAAAGAUUGGGUUUGUGAUAAUAGAAAGGAUUGUCCCGAUGGCAGCGAUGAAAGCAAUUGCGACAAUAAGACGUUAUCUGCAAGUGAUUGUAAAAAUGCAUAUGAUCGAUUCUUAUGCUUAAAUGAACGAUGCAUAUCUCUUAAUGCAGUGUGUGAUGAAAAAAACGAUUGUGGCGAUGGAUCAGAUGAAGAUCACCGUUGUAAAAUACCUUGCACAUUGUUAAAUUGCAGUGACAAUUGCAAACAAACACCUGAUGGACCUAAAUGUAUCUGCAAACCAGGUUAUAAAAUUCAAGAUACAAUCACUUGUAUAGAUAUCGAUGAAUGUCAGAUUUAUGGCAUAUGCGAUCAAGGAUGCGUCAAUACGGUAGGAUCGUAUAAAUGUACCUGCGAAACAGGUUACUUCAUGCAAGAUGAUAUGAAAACAUGCAAAGCUACGACAAACAAUGGUGGCGAGGCUACGUUGAUGUUCUCUAUAACAACGGAGGUUCGCGCAAUAUAUCUCGAUUCUAAAAUAUAUUUUACAGCUGCGAAAAACUUAAGUCAUGUUUCCAGUAUCGCUGUAAAUGGAGAUUACAUCUAUUGUUCGAACCGUUUUAAAGAUUUCCAAACAAUUGUAGCGAGCACUAUUAUUGAAGGAAAACAAGAAGCCAUUGUUACACAAGGUUUGGACUCGGUAUCGGGAAUAGCCGUGGAUUGGAUUACGGGUAAUAUAUAUUUUACCGAUGAUGGUAACAAGCAUAUCGGGAUUUGUAACGCUAAUGGCACGUAUUGUACCAUAUUGAUAAGUGAGCAAUCUAAACCGCGAGGAAUCGUUCUAUUACCAAUUAAAGGAAUAAUGUUUUGGUGCGAUGUGGGUUUCCCACAUAUUGGAAUAGCUGAAAUGGAUGGCAAAAACAGUAGCUCAUUUAUUACUGAUAACUUAGAAUGGCCCGUCAGUUUAACUAUUGACUAUCCGAAUAAUCGUUUAUAUUGGUUGGAAAAGAAGAAAAAUGUAAUCGAAUCAAUACGCUUAGACGGCACCGAUCGAAGAGUUGUAUUGGACGAUAUAAUCCAAUCUCCAUAUUCUUUGGCGGUUUUCGAAAAUAAAUUAUAUUGGAGCGAUUGGCACGAAAAUACGAUACAAUCUUGCGAUAAAUUUACCGGAAAGGAUUGGAAAAUCAUAACUCACACAUUAACCAAACCUUAUGACAUACAUAUAGAUCAUUCGGCAAUAAAACCCAAAAUUCUAAAUCCAUGUCAUCCUAAUCCAUGUUCUCAAUUAUGUAUGUUGAAUCGAGAUAAAGGCUAUACAUGUGGUUGCACUAUAGAUAAAGAAUUGAAAGCCGAUAAUCAUACGUGUCGAGAAGUAAAGAAGGAGCAGCACCUUAUUAUCAUCAUGGGAAAUACAUUUAUAGAUUAUUUUCACAACUUUUUGGGAAAGCCAAAAAUAACUACGAGUACUACCUCAAGAUUUAUAACUGCAGCAACUUAUGAUUCACUUACUGGCACUAUAAUUGCAAGUGAUAAACAUACGAAUUAUAUCAUUCGUUAUGAUCCAAAUAGCGGCAUUACUGAAAAUCUUAUACCGUUCAACAAUGCAAUAUUGGGAGGAAUAGCAUUUGAUUAUAUUGGUAAUAAUUUAUAUUUAUCGAAUAAAGAAGACCAAACUAUCGAAGUACAUAGCUUGACAACCAAAACGAAGACGGUCUUUUAUUUUGAGGAUCGACCUUGCAGUAUUGUUUUAGCGCCUGAAGAAGGCAUAAUGUUCAUCGUAUUCAAUGUAAAAUAUUCAAGAUUAUAUACACCGUCGUAUCGUUUAGAAAAAAUGAAAAUGAAUGGAAUCGGCCCGCGAAAUUCAAUUAACACAAUUAGGAAUAUGGAGUAUACAGAAAUGUUAUUGCAUUAUGACACAGCUAAAAAAACACUUUUUGUGACUGAUUUUGGUGAAAUUAUGUCAUAUCAAGCUGAAAAUCGAUAUCUCGUUCAUAACGGAUUCUUUUCACUUGCGAGUAUUACAACUGCCGGAGAUGAUAUAUUCUGGACGAAACCCGACUCUAAUGUAUUGUAUAGCAUAAAUUAUAAAAGUAAUAAUAGAUUCUUUAACCAUGUUGCAUUACGUAUGCCUGUAAGUACAGAAAUUCCACUUGUGGUAGCUUUGCACAAUAUUGUUACACACAAGGAGUACGGUUGUCAAAAAAAUAAUGGAAAUUGUUCACAUGUGUGUUUGCCUUCCUCUGCUACUUUAUUUAUUUGUGCUUGUCCUCCUGGAAUGAUGCUAAGUGCGAACAAUCGUACAUGUACCUUGCAGUCUGCGUGUCGUACUGAUGAAAUCAAAUGCAGCGAACAUGACAUCUGCAUAAACCAACAUCAGUGGUGCGAUGGUAACAUGGACUGUCCAAACGGUGAGGAUGAAGCGAGCUACUGCGGUGAGUCUGGCAUUUGCGAGAAAGAUCAAUUUAUGUGUAAAGAUGGUACGUGCAUCAAUUCAAUGGAUCGUUGCAAUUCGAAGUACGAAUGCCCUGAUAAAUCGGACGAGGAGGAUUGUCCUGUGCUGCAGUGCCACAGUGAUGAAUUUCAAUGUCAUGAUGGAACUUGCAUAUCGAAUUCCUUAGAAUGUGAUGGGCAUAAUGAUUGUUUUGAUUUUUCCGAUGAAAUAAAUAAUCAUUGCAAUGAGCGUACGUGUUCUCCGAAUAAAUUUAUGUGCAAAGAUGUGAGAAAUUGUAUACCAAAGGAAUGGGAAUGCGACGGAGAGCGAGAUUGCUCGGAUGGAUCGGAUGAACUCGGGGAAUGCAGCGUAAACAUCUGUGGCGACGGAAAAUUAAAAUGUAAUAAUGGUCGUUGCAUAUCAUCUUCAUUGAAGUGCAAUGGCAUCGAUGAUUGCGGCGAUGAGUCUGACGAGAAAUAUUGUUUGAACGAAAAAUCUAUUAAUUGUACCGAUGAUAAAUAUUUAUGCUUCAACACUGAUAUAUGUCUCCCGAAGAAAGUAAAAUGCAACGGUGUUCAAGAUUGUCCAAAAAACGACGAUGAGCAUCAUUGCACAUAUUGUUUCAAGGAUGAAUUUGCCUGUGAUAAUGAGAAAUGCAUUCCGCAGAGCUGGGUAUGUGAUAAAACCGAUGAUUGCGGUGACAAAUCAGACGAGAAGGACUGUGAUGGUAGUAAGUGGAGGAAGGUCAAUGUUAACACAUCAAACAUGUGUGAAGAAUUUAAAUGCACUACGGGCAUUUGUCUAUCAUUCGACAAAGUAUGUGACGGUAUUCGAGACUGUCUGGACGGCAGUGAUGAAAAUGGAUUAUGUACAAGCUCUUGUGCGCACAACAAUGUCUGCAAAGAUAUAUGUUACAAGACACCACUUGGGGGAGUUUGUGGUUGUCAAACAGGAUAUCGUUUGGCCGCUGACACGAAGUCAUGUGAUGAUAUAAACGAAUGCGAGCUUGAUGUUUGCUCGCAGAUUUGUCGAAAUAUUGUGGGCUCUUUUCAAUGUUCAUGUCACGAUGGAUAUGUUAUUCGCAGCGAUAGAAUUUCUUGUAAAGCUAUCGGACCGCCAAUGGAAUUAAUUACUGUUACCGAUGAUAAUAUCAGGAAAAUAUCAUCGAAUUUACUCUCAAUUGAAGUAAUUCAUUCGUUAACGGGCCUGAGUGUAAUUGGUUUCGACGUAAAUGCACUUGAUGAUGCUAUUUAUUGGAGUAACGAUGAAGCUAUUAAUAAGCUUAACAUUAAAACGAAUGAACUAAACGUAUUUACGAAUGUCGAGAAUCCGGGAGUACUUGCAGUUGAUUGGAUCACUAAUAAUAUCUAUUUUAAUUAUAAUACUCAUCCAAAUAUGAUUAAGGUAUGCAACUUGAAACAACAAAAAUGUGCAACUGUGGUUAAAAUUGAAGGUGUGGCCAAAGUAACAUCCCUCAUAAUCGAUUCAAAAAAUAGAUGGUUAUUCUGGAGUCAAACUACGUGGCAAGUGCAUGAUAAACCGUUUAGUGAAAUAUGUCGGGCAGAUAUGAUGGGUGCCAAUAUGAAGAUAAUCGGUUUUCGAGAUAUAGGUGUCGUGAGUGGAAUGGCAAUCGAUCAUAUGAAAACCAGAUUAUAUUGGUCGGAUAGUUUUCGCAAAACCAUCGAAUCAUCUAAUUUAGAUGGGAGCCAACGAAGCACAUUUUUAAAUACAAAUAUACAUCAACCAUUAGAUAUCAGUAUUUUUGAAAAUUCAAUUUAUUGGUUAAUGGGAUCAAAUAGUCAAAUACAAAAAUGUAAAUUGUAUGCCAACAGAUCGUGCGAAAUAAUGGAUAUAGGUUCGAGCAAUAUUCACAAAUAUUUCGCUAUUUUACAUGUUUCCAGACAUCCUCUCGUUGAGAAUCUUUGUGAAAAGCAAAACUGCGAUUAUAUGUGCAUUUUAAAAACUAACGAUGCAGUAUGCAUUUGUCAAGACGGUAAACCAACAACAUCUAAUAACACCUGUACGGUACACGAUAAAAUGAGAGUCACUGCAAAACAUAUCUCAAGAAUUCAGUAUCAGGGUGGAAUUUAUAUUAUAACAAUAAUCAUACUAGUGAUUGUUUUGUCAUUAUGCACUUAUUACUAUCAAAAAAUCAAAUCACAGACAAAAACAAAUGAUCUCAAUAUUCGCUUUCAUAAUCCAUCAUACGAUCGAAGAGAUGAGGUUGCGGUAAUACUUAGUUCUACAAUUCCAAAUGUAUCUCCCGGAGAGCAUGAAUAUAUUAACCCUAUUAAUGAUAAUUUGUUGAAGGCUGCGAUGGAAAGUAGUGUGAAGAGAUCAGAACGAAAUUUGUGCCAAUUGGAAAAAGAAGAUGAAGAAAUAGAGAAACGAAAUGCGUGUUUAAUUUCUUUUACACACUCGAAAUAAUUCAAUUAUGAUCAAAUGAAAUUUAAAAGUAAAAUAUCAAAGUUAAAAUUAAAGAAUAUUAUUUAUGCGAUAAUAGAGGAUCUCUUAAUAAUUGGUAUUAUAAAUAUCAAGACACUAUAUAUCAAU